CCUCCCCUCGCACUUGCAUAACAACCGGUGCCGAAGUCAACAAAACUAACUCGCCGGUGACUUUACACAAAGUUAUAUUAACACGAUAGAUGUCGAGUUCAGGACAUUAAAAGAAAUAGUCAGUUUCAGUUAAAUACGUUAAUAUUGUGGUGGUGUAUCUGAAACAUCGAUGUGUCAAACGCGGGAGGAUUUUAACAAAGAUUGCCAUUAAGAAUCGUUCAGCAUGUUUCCUCUCGACUCUCCGUGGAACAUUUCUUUCGCCGGAUGUGGUUUUCUCGGGAUUUAUCACAUUGGAGUCGCGAGCUGUCUACAGGAACAAGCGCCGUUCCUGGUGGAGAACGCGCGUCACGUUUACGGCGCGUCCGCAGGCGCGCUCACGGCCUCUGCACUUGUCGGCGGGGCAUGUCUGGGAGAGGUGGGUGCCAACUUCAUAGAUAUGGCUAAAGAAGCCCAAAAGCGCUUCCUGGGGCCCAUGCACCCUUCCUUCAACCUGGUUAAGAUCCUGCGGGUCAUGAUGCAUCAGGCGCUGCCAGCCGACGCUCACAAAAUUGCCAACGGGCGUCUGGGCAUCUCUCUGACUCGGGUCACUGAUGGAGAGAAUGUGCUGGUGACACACUUUAGCAGUAAUGAAGAACUGGUGCAGGCGUGUAUAUGCAGCACUUACAUUCCCGUGUACUGUGGCCUGAUUCCUCCAACCCUGCAGGGUGUGCGGUAUGUGGACGGGGGCAUCAGUGAUAAUUUACCGCAGUACGAACUGAAAAACACCAUCACGGUGUCUCCGUUCUCUGGAGAAAGUGACAUCUGCCCACGAGACAUCAGCUCCACCAAUCUGCACGAGCUCAGAUUCACAAACACCUCCAUUCAGUUCACGCUAGCCAACCUGUACAGAGUCACCAGAGCUCUCUUCCCACCUGACCCUCUGGCCAUGAAGAAUAUGUGCAAGCAGGGAUAUAGAGAUGCUUUACACUUUCUCAAGACUAAUGGCUUGUUACAAUAUCGCGGCCCACACCGGAUGCUUGCCAUCGCUGGUGGUGGUGCUGAGGGUGACAAUGAGGAUGAUGAAGGUCAUAAUGAAGAGUCACAGAGAAGAUGUGAGAGAGAAACAGAGGCCAAUGAUCUCGCGAGGAUCGAGGAACACAUCUUUGAACAUCUGCCUCCUCGAGUACAUCAAGCACUGCUCGAGGCGUGUAAAGAAAGGCGGAGCCUGUCGCAGUCACUAAGCAACCUGUUGCCCGUCAGGAUGGCGUCGGCCAUCUUGUUUCCCUACACACUUCCUCUAGAAUCAGCCGUGUCGAUGAGUAUCAGACUGUUGGAGUGGUUGCCAGAUAUUCAAGAGGAUGUGGGCUGGAUAAAAGAGCAAACAGUGAAACUGCUGCAAAGUUUAGUAACUCAUGCAGGAAGGAGCAUGUCGCAGCAGGUGUCUGCACGCUUUUCCUAUCAGCUGGAAUUUAAACAUUCCCAGUCCGUCCCGGCCAGCUUCAGCGCGGCCAGCCUGCUCCCGGGUUGGAUCAGUGGGGGCAGCUCAUCUGUGUUAGAUGCCAUGUUGCGAUUGGAUCAGUAUCAGCGUCAACUCCUUCCAGGGUUAUUCUGCGUAAAUCUGGACCUCCGAGGGUCUUUCUCCACCAGUUCAAUGACUGAGAAGCUCCAAGACGUUGAUGAGGGUCUUACCAUGCGCCCACUUGGACCCUCCUAACACCAGCUUGCUUCCUUAACAAUAGGGAUAUUAUAUCCCACAAUGCCAUGUUCCAUGAAGUGACUUCUGAGAGUGAGGCCUUGUGCUGAACUUUAAACAUUUCAAGGCCUGAUGGUGUGCAUCAUCGGAAUGAAAUUUCAUCAAACACUCUGGGAUUCUUUCGCUUUGCUUUUUGUAAAGAUUGAUUUUAUCUCGCACCCGACGAGGUUCUUUUGAUGCAAUCAUGUCUUCCUGGAGACUUUAUAUUUAUUUACUCAUAACCUGGGAUACUGGAUGUUUUCAAUUUGAAUGUCGGGAUGAAAGGCUGUUUUUCAGAAUGCAGUUUCAUUUUAAAGAAACGUUCUGAAUUUAUUGCAAGUUAAGAUCUACAUUUUAAAAAUCUCUGGAGCAUCAGCUUUGUUUGCUGUAGCGUCACAUUUUAACCGCAACAUAGAUAAAAAACUGAAGGAUAAAAUCUAUUUCUUUUGUUAUGGGCGGUAUGUCACUGAUUUGGUUGUUUGUGUUUAUCUUGCAUUAAACAGAAAACAUUCUGUAUGGUUGUCGGAAAGAAAUGUAUGUCAGAAGGUUCUUGCGUGUGCUUUGCGUGUCGUAUCGGUGGAAAUUGUAAAUUCAGAAAGUCAUUGGAUGCGUCUCACAUGCCUGUCAACAGUAUUUAUGUUUUGAAGGAAAAAGUAUGUCGAACUCAGUGCCAAACAAACUGAAUGUUUCGAGACUCGGAAGGUUUAUUUUGCAUCCAGGAUUUGCCCAGCAUGUCUCGCUGUUUUUUGUAUAGUUGUGUCCUAUUUGAUUUGUUUUGUUUAUCUCAGAUGUUCUUUUUUAAAACGGUUGCCAGACACGGAUUAUGCACUGAUCUAAUCUGUUAAUCCGUGUAAAUACUUUAUAAUCUUGGACUGGGUUUCUGGUGCGAGCCUGGUGCGAAUAAAAUACGUCUAAUCUGCCUAAUGUGCAAAUCCAAGAUCACGGCUGUUUCUGUAAAGUGUUAAACCUUCAGUACUGUAAUCAACUUAUACGUUUAAAUAUUAAAAGGUUUUGAUAAUUCACUUCAUAAAUUAUAUUUGAACCCUG